CACUCGUUGGAGCGUUAAGUGAUCGACUCAAGAGCCGACUCGAACCGUCCAGAUGGCUCCUCACAAGAUUCCCUGGUGCACGCUAAUCCUCGCGCUGGGCCUCACCGACGCGCUCCCGCGCCGCGACCCAUCAGGAUCUUUCGAAGAGGCCACAUCUCUCGGGGAAUCCCCUGGAUUCAGAUUCGGUGAUGAGUACUUCACCCCGGAGGCGACCCACCACGCCCCGGAGAAGCAUCAAAAGCCAGAGGGCUGCGAUAAGGUCGUGAGGGACAGUAUGGUCUGCAUGGUCUGCAAGGACCCGGAGACCUCCGCCAAGUACGAGCAGUGCUCCUACGUGCCUCACCAAUCUGAAAAGUCGUUCAGCCACAAAUCGAGUGGAAAUACUCCGAGGGACUACGAGAGCUCCCAGUCGUCCCCCCGGGUCGUCCCGUCUUCGCGGAAAGAGAGUCUCGAGAAGAGCGAAGGGAGCGAAGAGGCGGAGGCGUCAAGCCCCUACACCUCCGGCUUCUACAGUUCUAAGGAUGACAGCGAAGAGGCUUCAUCCAAGAGCCCCUCACUGAGCUUCGACGACGCCUCCGACGAAUAUGUCUCGAAAUCGGAGAGACUUUCGGAGAAAACGCCCAAGUCCAAGUGCCGAGAAGAGAAGAGAGACGACGGAAUGACGUGUCAAGUCUGCAAGGAUCCUGACACUGGGGGAAAUUUCGAGAAAUGCGCUUAUUCGUAUGAACCCAAUGACAAGACUUACUCCUACAGCAGAUCCAAGAAGUUCGAGACCCCGAGGAAGUCCAGGUCAAAGGAGAAGAAGGGAAAGACACCGAAGAAGGCCAUCAGGAGGAUUGAUGGGAGGGAGGACUCUGAGGACAGAAGCCCCGGGGAGAGCCAAGUGAGCGAGAGGAAAAUUGACGACAAGUGUCGGGAGGUCGUCAAGGACUCGAUGACCUGCACUGUGUGCACCGAUCCCAAGACUGGGAGGAAUUCGGAGCAGUGCUCCUAUUCUUAUGAUCCUGCCGAUAAACUUUUUACGUACAGUCAGUCGAGGUCGUUCGGGUCCAAGAAGGAUCCUGAGAAAGACGAGAAAUCGAAGGAGUCUGAGGAUUGA